UACCUGAGAGCAAAAGUAGGAACCGGCAAUGCCGAGUUUGAUGCACGUGGGACAUUGGAGAUUCGCUGGUAAGCUGCAGCCAGCCGUUUCGCAAGUUCGAUUCGCCAACGACGUCGACAUUUUCCCGGGUGAAUAAUCAAAUGCACUUCUUCCGACACGGCUGCUGAUCCUCCGCUUAAACUAUCGCGGAAACAUUUUCGCGUUUAUUACGAAGGAAUUCGGAGGACACUGGGGCAGUGAAAAAAAAAAAAUAAUUAUCACAAGCGUCAAGCACAUGAUAUUUGUACUAUCAGUACCUACCCUGAACAGUCUACACCGUGGUAUAAUCAUGGUAUUUACACGGUCUGUAUUUCCGGGAUUUCGUUCAACUGUCAGUAGAUAAGAAAUACGCUAUUAUCUACGUACUGGUAACCGCGGUACUGCGCGAUUGCCGCAACGCGAAAUUCGUUAUCAAAUCAAAGCUACCAUCAGUCAGCUGAUGUUGUACGCCGUUUACCGUCUCAUUCGUCAUCGUUAUCAAUAUUUCUCUCGAAAGUGGUGGGUUUUUUUCGCUAUCGCUUUUUACUGUGUUAUGUUUUUAUUCGAGGCCCGUGAGCAAUCAAUCACACUUUAGACGUUAAAAAGUUAUCAAUCAACCUGCGUACGGAUCGUUCCUCACGUAGACACUAGACUCCAGUUGUUCCUGGUCCCCGUCGACAGCAACAACUGUUUUUGUUUUUCACUUGAUUUUUACCGUUUUGCCACCAAACACAAUGAAUUUCGUCCCGAGGUUCGGAAGAAACAUCAAGUCUGGAUUGUUCAACUUUACCAGAAACCCGGCUAGAAAGUAUACUACUCCCAGCACAACGUCCACGUCCAGCAUUCCGCCGAUCGAACCGCCGAAUCCAAGUAAUUUUACUACGCAAUAGAUUAUCGAUAAGCCGAACUACGGUUUUUCAGCAGUAAAUAAAUACAACGCGAGUUGACCGCGACUAUUGACCGAUAAAGGGCACACCGCCAGAUUACGACCCGCACACCUAACCAACACACGGCGCGCGCGUGUCGGGCCGCGAAAACAGUUCACGGCGAAAGCGCGACAUAACAAUAACGGUACGCGUCCGCAGAGCCGCGGAGCGGUUCGGAAGACCCGUACAGACGGGGCGAGGGCGCGCGCGUACGAUUCUGGCCGUCGGGUAAACGUAGGGAACCGGUGGUUUUGCGGCGGCGUGUACGGCAGACGAAAACGUACGCGUCCGCCGGCCGCGCGAAAAGCUCGGACGGAGCGCGCGCUUAUUGACAAACGGCCCGUGCCGCAGCCGCGGAGACCGUACCGGCGCGGGCACAGUUGUGUCCGAACGCGGCCGGAAUGUCGUUUUCGAUUCAAACCCGUUAACGGAACGCCGACACCCGGAACGCCGACACCCGAGACCGUUGCAGUAUUGCGCAAUAAUAGCAAAAUAUUGUCGCGAUUGCGCCGUGUUGGACCCGCGAGAUGUGCGUUAUUUCACACCACGCGUUUCGAUACGUUUACCGUCUACGCGCGGUUUUUUUUUUUUUUUUCAAAUAUGUUUUCGAGACCUCGAAACACAAUAAUCGAUAGCCGUUCCUGGGGCGAAUAAUAACGCUGUAGUCCCGCGUAACGUCCUUGUGAAAUGCUCGUUUUGCGUACCGUAUUUUGUCGAAACGUUGUCACGCGAAACGAUGUUCCGGGGCCGACGGGACUCGGGUUGAACUGAAUUUUUUUUCCGGGAUGUAGGCGGCUUCAAAAUGCACAUCUCGAGUCUGUUUUCAGAAUGUUCACCCUUGCCCGCAAUAAAACGUGCUUUUUUAUCAAUCGGAAACGACCAUUUUUUCCCACAAGGUUCGAAUGGUUUUCGUUUUCAUCAAACGACUUUUGAUUCUGACACAUUUUAAUUCUAUGUCGAAAACCGCUCGAGUUAUUGUGGCCCACUACGAAAACGGGAUUGUAUGGAAAAGUAUGACUUUUUUCCCCUCGAUUUUCCAAACAAUCGAAAACUUCUGUUAUUAUUACACGCGUACGUGUAGUUUUGUAUGAUCAUUUUUACUUAUAAUUUCCCUUAUCUCCCCUUAACACAUCAGUGAAAUCACUUAAGAGGACGCCGGACUUCGUCAGAGCCAUAAUAAAAAAGUAGUUAAACCAUUAACAAUACAAACGCACCCGAUCAAUAGUUUUAUGGCAAUAACCGUUGAAAUUUCUAAAUAAGGGGUUCAAAAAAAAAAAAAAAAAAAUGUCCAAUUUGUGACCGGGUGUGGCUAGUAUUAUACGUUACGCGGCGAGGAAUAGCAAUCGCCUAGCCAGGAUUUAUCAAUGUGUGGGGGGAGGUGGGUCCGAGAAAUUUGACGUGCCUAUAUGACCUACUUAAACUUACCUAUAGUUGAAAAAAAAAAAAACUCAACGGGUAGGGGCUACAACGCCCGAAACUCCCCUGGCUACUACGCCACCGAACGUAGCGCUGCAACGUAAAUGUAAUAUUAAUACCUCCCCUCAAGAAAUUAAAAACGGCAAUUGCACCGAAACUGUUCAUCGGGUACGCGUGUUACGUGCAUGUGCAUGCGUACCGUUGUUUGUUGUGAUCGAUUAGAAUAAUAUUAUCUGUUUCGAGGUGGCCACCCUUCGGACCCUUCGAACGUCGAACAAAUAAAAUGUUCGCUCGGGCUUACGGUUAAGAGGUGAAAACACAAAUUGUAUUUUUUACUCCGAAUGUAUUGUUGUUGUUAUUGUGUCUCCGCAAUAAUAAUAAUAACAACAAAAUUCGAAUCGUAACGGAGAUAACUUUAUCAGCGCGGGCGAAACACGUCGCGGUACACUCCGUAAUGUAUAAUAUGUAUACGGCUAUAGUAGACAAUUUUUAAUUUCGUAACGAAUACCAUUAUUUACGACACCGUUAUUUGCACUCCCGUUUGAAGACGGAUUAUAAUCGUAUAAACAGUAACGGCAUCCCCGACGGCAUGGCGUACACCUAAUAACAGUAACAAUAAUACGUCGUUAUCGGUUUAGAUAAAAAUUAAUAAUAUUAUUAUCGUAUCGUUUAUCGGGUACCCUAAACAACGUUCGAAAAAAAAAAAAUAGACGUGUAAAUUGUCGUAAAAAAAAAACCGAACAAUAUGUGAUUGCGUUUCUCCGUUUCGUUUAAAAUCCAUUUAUUGUACUAUUACUGUGACGAUUGUGUUACAAAAUAAUAUUAUUACGAGACCAUCUCAAGUGCUAUUGUGUAACAAUAAUAAUUAUCGUAAUUAUAGACUAAAUUAACGUUUUUUUUUUUUUUUUAAUUUUUUUAUAAUGUCUCUAGUACAACACAAAUCUAUUUCGAUUCCCGUAAUUAUAGUUUUCGUUUUAUCUGUUUUUCUCUGUUCGCUAUAAAUGUCUUAUACGAAAGUAAUAAAACAAAAUUAGAAUCGCACUACGACCCGCAGACCGUACCUAGUAAAUAACAUUAUUAUCGAAUUUAAUGCGCUGUGACCGCGAGCGCAACAAUAUCAAUAAUCCGACGUUUUUGUUGUAAAUUGAUAUUAUACCGAAACGUUUAACAUCGGCUGUAGGCGUUAAAUAUUGAUUUUAAAAUAUUCUAUCGAAUGGCGUUGGCUACGAAAUCGACACGGAAAACAGCGAAGACCGAGCGGACCGCGUGAUAUUAUAUAGCGACACAGGAACCUCGCGUAUAAUUGCAAUUGAAAUUACGGGCGUUUGGAACCGACAGUUUAAAGCGUUUCGAGUUUAAAUCGGAACACGGUUUAAAAAGAAGACAAUUUUCGAGGGAACAGCUUUUCCCCUGUUAAUAUUGCCGAUCGAAAAGUCACAAUCGUGUUCGAUUUCAUAAAAUAUAAUAUCAGUUCGGCCCUUUAUUGUUCGCUCCGUGCAGUGCUUGAAUUGAUCAAAUAAAACAAGAGAGACUAUUAUAAAACAAAAUUAGCCUCCCUUGCAAUUAUUGAACCCGACCCAACCCAACCCGUACACACCUUGUACACACCUCCCAAACCAAUUUUCCAACUUAAUUCAGUAAUUCAUAAUUUCCGAAAACAAACACUAGGAAAGCAAAAGUCGGGCUGACUUUUGCUUUCUUUUCUUUUUCUGUAUAUGAACAACUUUUCUAUCAGGAAUUUCGCUCCAAUUAUCAACUUUGGAAGCGAUGGUUCUAGUAAAAAUUGUUGUCUCGUCGGUGCAACAAGGAGGUUACUUUUUGAUUUUUCUUUUUAGUAUACUUAAUUACGAGGAAAUCCCUAGAAAAACGUCGGAAAAACUUGUAACUGUUACAUUUACUGCUUCUGUUUCAUUUUAUUUUGUUUAUUCAAUGGAAAAUAAUCGUAGAGAUCAGAAAUUCUACUGAAUACUCUCAUAGGUAUACUUUUAUAGUCUCUUAUAUCCAGCUCUUUACAGAUUUGGUACAUUGUAUCCUGCACUGCGUCCCGUGCGUUUCACUUCAAACGAAUAGUAAAGGUACGCUUGCGCUUCUGAAAAAUUGGUUGAGGUAUCCGUAGUCCUCCGUAUCCCUGCGUCCCCCCUCGAUUCGAGCACUGGCUCUCUGUGCUGCUGUUUGUUCGGUAAUGAUUAGAGGCAAAAGGAAAUAAAAAUGGAACCCCCGUAGAAUGUUUCGUUGUUGGAUAGGCCAGCUGAGCGGACGAUUAUUGUUGUUCAACUAUCGAAUUGUACAGCAUAACAUUAUAAAAACCUAAAGAUAAACAUUUCCGCGCGUGUUUUUAAUUUUUUUCUUUUUCUUUUACGUUUGAACGUUAAUUAUUGUAUUAUCACUCCUACAGUCGAACAGUUCAAUUUCAUACGUUUUCCCACCGCUGCCGGUCUACGUGUUUAUUUAGCCAUUAAAGUGUUUGGUUAGAUCCCGAUUGUUAACGGGCGCGCCCCGUUAUUUACGAAGCAAACAAUCAUAAUAAUAUUAUUCCGAGUUAUAGUAAAUAUAUUAUGAUCUCAUAGAACAGUGUGCACGCGAGUAUGUAUUAUUUCUACGUUCGAAAAGUAAAAAUUGACUGUCGCCGAGAUCGGCGGCACGAAUGAAGGGGCGGCGACGGUUCGUGCGACCCCUAUUCGUGUUCGAAAUUCAAAAUUUUUUAUCACGGGUUUGAUUGCGUUUGAUACGCCGCAUAAUUUGUAUUGCAAUUAUACGGACGUUUCCUUAUGGUUUUGAAUACGCGUUGCGGAUCGUGCGUUUCACCCGUUUAGCAAUUCCGAAAACUUGUCCAGAAAUUUGUUCGAAACUCGUAACCACCCCGAAAAAUGAAUCCUGCAGGUGGCGCCACACCUAUUGACAUUUUCCAUUUCAUGUCCGUACGAUUUCGUUGACCGUUUAUUUUGGUCUUAACGUCGAGUUAUUAAAAUUGAUCCGAAAAAAAAAUUGCAAUAUUAUUGGUUAUGUUUCGAGCAUUUUCAAGUUUCGUUGCGCAAGUAUAAUAAUUUGUUAUUUUGAUUUCUAUUUUCAUAUUUUCGUAUUUUUUUUUUCUUUAAUUAUAAUAUUUGAGUUAUUGGAAGUACAUACGUUUAUUGAACACGUAAAUCUCUAGGUAAAUCUGGAGUGUAAAAAAAAAUAAAAAUAAAAAAUAUAAUAUUAUUAGACACAUUGGUACCUAGUAAAAAUAGUAUCGCGAACGCGAAAUAUCGUAACAUCACGUUGCGCAAAUAAAAUUGAAAAUAUGCCAAAAAUAACAUAAAGUUUCGCCGAGUGUAAAUGAUUUUAGAUUUUCAUAAGCUCGUAUUUUUUCCGCUGCGGAACGAACUUGAAGCUUAAGUGGCGAUAAAUUCAAUCGGUAAACGUGCGCGAACGCGGCAACAUUUAAGAACUGAGGAGAGUCGUGUAACGAAACAGUGUAGGUAUACCGCGGAGGAAACGCGUUUACUAUUAUGCACCGCUGAAAAUUUAAUUUUUAACAUUUAAAGGGUCUACUCGCGGGAUUAUUUUGCGUAAAAAUUCGUUCUUCUCCCUCCCCCCCCCCAAAAAAAUGAUAUCGCUUCAAUAUAAAUAAUAUAUAACCACCGAGGCAUGCCAGUUUUUCUUGUAAAACAGAUUGCGCGCAGACCCCCGUUAACGGGGCGGAGAGGCAUAUCGAUAAUCGAUACAACAAUUUUAAUUUUGAAUUUUAUUAUCCAUAUUACUAUAUGGUUUUCGAAUAGAGCGAAAAAAAAAAUAGGUCAAAAAUCGCGUCGCGUCCGAUCAAUUUCAAAGACGAACGUCGUCGUCUCGAUAUUACAAUAAAUCUAAUAUAAAGGUGGAUGUAAUAUUUUCUCGAUAAAUCUCGUACUGACGAGCAAUACGAUAAUAUGUUAUUUAUGAUUUUUAUAUUCGAAAAAAACUCUCAUUUGACCGGCUCGUUUUUGGGAUCUAUCGCUAUCGUAUAUGAAACACGGUCGCGAGCCAUUCAUUAUAAUAUUAAUAUAACAAUAAUGUAGACCGUGCGCACGUGCACGAGUGCACGACAUCGUUUUGGAUGUUGGUUUUUUUUUUUUUUUUAAUCAAGUCUCGCGGAACGAACGACCGUGCGAGGUCAGCGAUCUCGACUCCCGGCGUUUAUCGUAACGCGAAAACUACAAUACGACUUUCGCCUUCUAAAAUCCACACGUAAUAAUAAUAAAUCGAAAAAAGAACUUGACAUAUAUUUCGCAUAAUGUACACUUUAUGUAGUUAAUGUACCUACAUAAUAAUAUGUGCAUCGCAAUUGACGAUAAUUGUAAACAAAAAUCCAUUCUGAUCGGAACUCGGUCAACCGGUCGCCGUGUCAAUGAUCGUCAAAUUGGUAGUUUUUUUUUUUUUUUUUGACGCCCGUGGACCCUCGUCUAUGUUGAACUUUGCUGCAGAUCUCUACGUGCCAUGAAUAUAUUAUGAUUUUCGUUCAAAACCGCGACGUGUUGUCAGUUUUUAAUUUUCUUUCUUGGAAAAACUGUCGGGAACCUAUAAGGAAAAAUACGUUUGCUGAAAUAGUACCACCGGGCGCCAAAUCCCUAUCGUUUGCAGUGUAAAAAGUUCGGAGUUUUUUACCAACAAAAAAAGUGUUAUCUGCAAAAAAAAAAAAAAAAAACACAUCUUAAUAAAACAAAAAAAUAUAACUAUAUUAAUAUAAUUUAAACAACUUCCACGUUCUGUUCACUCGUCAAAAUCUAUAAAACCAAAAUACGCAUUUCGAAUAUUAUUGUUAAGCAUGUAAUAAAACACAUUCUUCGGUUCGCAAUACCGAUCGUUUGAAAAGCGCUCGGUAUCCCGUGAAACCAUAGUAAUAUACAGAGUCUUCAAAUUUAUACGUUGUUGUUUUGAAAGCAUGAGUGUGGAGUACCGAAAUCCUUUAACACUGUAAACUGUAACAUACAAUUUGAAAGACCUUGUACGUUGACGGAAAUAAAAAAUGUCAACACCAAAAUGUAUUUUUAAACUAUCACUCUGUCUUUCUAUGGAAUUUUUACCAUAGAUUGCCAUUUGAAAAUCAAAAGUAAGUAGUCGAUUUACCCCCAAAAAUAUGGGUGACAAAAAAUAACAAUAAUGCAACAUUUUAGAGGUACUUGCUUCUUAAAUUGUUUAAAAAAAAAAAAAAAAUUCUAAAGAAAGUUAAUACUUUCUCAGGUAUCGCAAUGAUUAUAUCUUCGUAAACGUAUAUGUUACAGGGUUAAUGCCGUUAUAUUUUAUAUUGUUUGGAUAUCAAAACCGAUUUUGUGCAGUUAGUUUUAACAUUAUAGAGUAUUAGCGUUUUAUCAAAUCUUAAAGAUAAGAACAUUGUCAGCUGUUCUUGUACGUUGGUUUUUUCCGAGAUUUUAAUUUUCAAAUGAGAUAUUAUCAAAUUACGAAUAUGCGAAAUAAUGCAAUAUAAAAAACAUCGAAUUCGGUUUAGAAAUUUAAAUAUCGAGAAAAAAACCACCGUACAAAUACUGGAAACGUUCUUAUCUGUAAGUCCGAUAGUUGGCCAAUUCACUUUUGUUAUUAAAACUAACUGCACAAAUAAUCGAUUAAAGUAUAAAUAUAACGACAACCGAUUUUACGACACUAACCGUAACAUAUAUAAUUACAAAUUUAAUCUCGCGCGUUACUUAUAAUUUAUUGAAUUUGUUUUACUAAUCGCGUUUUUGGUUUGCGGUCUACAGAUGCUACGUAUCCGCUGACGAAGACUAAGAAAUUCUUGUGCGUCUGGGCCAAACGAUUCCCGACAAUGAACGAAGUCCCGGAUCACGUCACGUAAGCAUUUUGUUCGAUACAUUAUAUUCGUAGGUACCUAGUGUUUUUUUCUCUCCGUGCUUUCUUUUCCGUUUAUGGGAAAAACCGCUACUGUUUGCAGUUGAAGAGGCUUAGACGGUAUAGGGUUAUUCAGUCGACAAAUAUAAAUCAUUGCAAUCAAAAAACGAUUCUGAGCGAAAUUCGUUGUGUGUACCACAGUAUUAUAGUAGUCGUGUUUUUUUCUCGUGUGUAGCCGAUGAGGUAACCGGCCGGAAAUCGACAAAAAUAAAACUGAUACAUCCGAUGUCCGGUUUUCUAUAUAUUUUAAGAAAACCCUCCGGCGGUUGUAAACACAUUUUUUUACCGCCUGGUGAAAAGCCCGCAACUUUCUUUAAGGUAACUUUUACAAGGUUUACUAAGUAAUUCUUACUAACCGAAAAAGUGUUUUCUGCGGGUAAAAUCACACACAUUUUACCGAUAAUUAAAAAUCGCUCGCGCGUAAUCGAAUAAAAUAAUUAUUAUUGUCUGUGCAUAUACUUACGACGGUCGUUUCGUGUCGAGGUGAACAGCUGGAUAAUAGACGAGAUCACGUAUACUUUAAACGUAUUACAUCUCUAUGGGAUACGCAGUAAAAUAUUAACACUGUAUAUGGGUUGGCGUCCGCGUACCCGUUUUUACAAUUUUUUUUUUUCUUUUACUUUUACUUUAUCCGUGCCGUGUUCUAUAUUCUACCCCCGCCCCGUGUGUUAUAUUUUUUUCGUUUGCGGUAUCGAUGACAAGUACGAAUUUUGAAGCGCUGGAACGUGGUCUACCGAAAAGCCGUCGGAAAAUAAACCGAUUUUUAAGAACAGCUGUAAAAUCCGUAAGAAAAAGUAAAAACUUCCAAAAUUAGGCCAAAAAUGCAAUAAAUGCAAUAUGAAUUAUAAAUAUACACGUAGGUAUAGUUAUUUUACGGUUUAUGAACCAUAAUAAUGUGUUUUAUAACUUUGUGCCUUCGUUUCAAAUUGUGGUAGAGUUAAAAAUUCCAUCAAUAUCCGUAUAUUCGUACGUAUUAUUGUGUAAACACUUAAAAUAUUAGAUUUUUUAUAGUAUACAUUUUCGCAUUACGACUUGGUGUUUUCCCUGUUUACAUAAUAUUCGUUUUAUUCGCUAGCGAAUAACAAUAAUUUACUGUUUAAAAACAACACUUCCUCGGUGCCGCCAUUGCGCGACGUGUUUGGCUUGAAACGAAUGAAACUAAUUUUAGAUAACUUAUUUGCAAACACAAUUUCGAGGCCUUAUCGACGAUAAUAUCCGAUCAUUUCUCAAUAAUUUAUUAAUAUUUCGACGGUCGUUUAAACAAAACAAACGAAAUAAUCUCUACAGGGUGUUUCAAAUAUUGUACGUUAUAGUUAUAUAACUGCAGUACGCUCAUAACUCAAGUCAUAACAUAUUUUGGAAGACUCUGUACGCGGUUUUUUGUACCGAAUCGUAAAUCUCGAUUUUAAAAGUGUACGCUACACACGUUUUAAACAAACGCUCGUACAUGCGUUUUCGUGCACAUUCAUUUGCAGUUUUGACGAAUGUUUUUUACAUUUUGAUUUUCGACUACGUUAUAAUAAUAAUAAUAAUAAUGCGUACGUACGCGCAACUGUAAAUACUAGGAUAAGAGUGGACGGCGAUAAGACCACUCAUGUACAAUUCUGUACGAAUUAAAUAUUCGAUAGUUUCUCGUUUCAAUUCGUGAUAACAACGUACGUUAAAUAAAUAAAAUAGGGAUCACAGAACUCUUUACAUUUUGGUACUCUGGUACCCGGCACCUACCCGUAUUAAAAUAUUGUAAUGUUCCAAAAUGAGUUUCUUUACUGGCUAAUAAAAUUUGAAAAAAAAAAAAAAACAGUCUCUUCUCGUAUUAUUUUUAAAUACAUAAUAUUAUUGUAAUGUUUUGUACAUUUCAUUUUAAAAGCGUUUUUGACGACGCUACCGAGUUCAAUAGAUGUUUUUCCUGAGAAUAUGCCAACACUCGCAUAAUAACCUACGGUCAAUUUUUUUCGUAAAUUUCAAAAACGCCGCCGAUUCGUUUGAAAUAAUAUAAACGUAAAACGGCGAUGCCCACCGAAACACUUGAUAUAAGACUCCUCUCAAUUGGUUUCCUUAUGACGCUUUAAAACCGUUGCUCCUUGUUGGUAAAAAUAUAAUUUUACCCUUACACAGUUAUAAUCAUGUUAUCCUUUUAGAUCAAUUUCAAGAUUUAAAUAUAACGCAAUACUCAAUAAUGAUAAGCGUAUACUGCGAUCAGCUUAACGUCCGCAGUGACUCCGUUUCACAAGUGUCGCAGACACAUCAAAAUAGUUUUAUAUUAAUUUUUAAUUUUGUGGUUAUUUUUAUUUUUUAUGCAGCCCGGCGUUGUGGAGCAAAGUACGAUCCAUCAUAAGGAUAAAAGUGGCCAACUACACGAUGCUCAUGAUAAUCGUGGGCUGCGUGGUGAUGGUGGUGACGGGCAAGAGGGCUCGGGACCGCGGCGAGACUAUUAUGCAGAGAAAUUUGGAUUGGCAUCAGAAGUAUGAUGAGGGCAAUUCAGAAGAAAUUCACAACAUUGGUUUGUUUGGAAAGUAGAGUUUUAAAGGUUAGGUUAGUGCGUUCUACGCGAAUAUUAUACGAUGGUAUGUUAUGUUUUUAUUAUCGUGUAUUUUAUUUAUAAAUUAUAAUAUAUUAAAAUUAAUAUAACUAUACUAUAAUAUAUUUU